AUGGGUGAGCGCGAUACUGCAGCCAGCCGAGAGGGGUCUGCGGGCGACGUCGUGCCAGGCGCGUCUGUCGACUGCCAUGGCGACACGAGCGAGAAGAAGCCACCGUCCGGCAACCGCAUUCAGAUUCAAGAGGAGAUCCCUACCGAUGAUGGCCUUAGCAAGUACGACACGUAUUGGCGUCGCCUCUUGACGCCGCCUAACUGCCGAUGGAACAUGAUCUCACCGCCCGCCUUCACCACCGGCUUGUGUGUCUUGUACGCAUUGUCUGCCACCUUGGCCGUUGCGAAAUUGUACUACAACCAGCCAAUCCUGGACAAAAUCGCCGUCACAUUUGACGUCACCUAUGAGCAGUCCUCUCAAGUGCCUACUCUGCUUCAAGCUGGGUACGCUGCUGGCUUGAUCUUCAUUCUGCCCCUGGGUGACAUGGUCGAGCGACGGGCCUUCAUCCUUGCCCUCGUCCUGCUGACAGCCACAUUGCUCAUGAUCCCUCUUGUUGGUGACUUUGCGCCCCUUGAACGAAAAGGCGCCAACUUGUCCAUCGUCACGUCCGGACUCCUACUGGGCAUGCUGGUCGCCCGGCUGCUCUCCGGCGUCGUAGCCAACUACACAGCCUGGAGGAACAUUUACUGGCUCGCCUGCGGAGCGCAGUACGUGCUCGGCCUGAUGCUCUACCUCUUCAUGCCAGACUACCCUGCCACCAACCCAGACAGCCUCCACUACCUCAGGGCACUGUGGUCGAUCCCCAAGAUGAUGUUCACGGAACCCGUGCUGAUCCAGGCGUGCGCCAUGGCCUUCACCAUGAGCAGCUGCUUCACCUCGUUCUGGACGACGGUCACCUUUCUGCUCGUCUCGCCACCAUACGAGUAUUCGUCUCUCGUGGUGGGCCUGUUCUCGCUGCUCAACAUUGUCGCAUUGGUGUCUGUCCCCUUGUACGGCCGUAUCAUUGAUCGAUUCGUCCCGCUGUUCUCCAUCCUCCUGCUGCAGAUGGUCAUGCUGGCCGGCAUCAUCUUUGGCACCUUCACCGGCACCUUUACCGUCGCAGGACCCAUCCUGCAGGCCAUCGGCAUCGACGUCGGGGUUCAGAUCGCCCAAGUCGCCAAUCGUUCGUCCAUUUUCUCCAUCAACCCCAAGGCCAGAAACCGCGUCAACACGGCCUACAUGGCGUGUGCGUUUGCGGGCCAAUUGACUGGCACAGCCGUCGGUAAUCGCCUCUACGCCGCGGGGGCGAGAGGGCUGUGGACCUUGGCCCACGCUCGUUUCAAACAAUCUGUGCUGAAGAUUGUCGAAGCACUGAACACAUUCAUGGGGCCUUGA